UCGAGGGUUUCCCUCGCCGGCGGCUGACUCCUCCGGCCUCCCUCGCCGGCCGGCGUUCAACCCACGCUCCACCCCCACACCACGCCCAUGGAGACCAGCAAGAAAGUGGCGUUUCCUCUGACGGACAUCCCGGACCACCUCCUGUCCGAGAUCUUGCUCCGGCUACCCACCUCGGAGGAUCUCGCCCGCGCCUCCGCCGUCUGCGUCUCCUUCCGCCGAAUCAGCACCGACGGCUCCUUCCUCCGACGCUUCCGCCGCCUCCACGCCGCACCCCUCCUCGGAUUCCUCGACCGCAACGGCUUCCAUCCAGUCCUGCCGCCUCACCCGUCCGCGCCGGCCGCCCGCGCGCUCGACCUCGCCGCCGACUUGUCCUUCUCCUUCCUCCCCGCCCCCCGCCACUGGGCCGUGCAGGACAUCCGUGACGGCCGCGUCCUCCUCGACCGGAGGAUCAGACAAGAGGAGUUUCCCGCGGUCUUGAGGGAGCUCGUGGUGUGCGACCCCCUGCGCCGGCGGUACGUGCUGCUCCCCACGGUACCUGACGACCUAACCGCUUUGCUUGAGCACCCUGUCCAGAUGGUACGCGGGGUCCGGUGCAAGACCUUCCUCGCCCCCCUCGGCGAGGAGGAGGCAGCGGCGGGAGAGGCAACAUUCAGAGUUGUCUUGAUGGCACAUUGCAAAACUAGUCUGACUGCCUUCGUCUUCUCUUCGAGCACCGGGCAAUGGCAAGCCGCAGCAUCAAAGGGUUGGAGUGAUUUGGUCAGUAGCAGAGGCGAUUGGGCUGCGAUGUCACAGGUCAACCCUGUUUAUCUCAGGCGCCAUUAUGCUUAUGGCUGCUUCUACUGGGACUGGCUGAUGAUCAAGAGCAAAAAGUUGCUCGUGCUUGAUAUCAGGACGAUGGAGUUCUCCAUUGCCGACCUCCCACCUGGAGAGUGGGGCAGGGAAGGAAUAGCCAUUGUGGAGGCAGGGGAAGGCAGACUUGGGAUGUUUGGUUUCCAUGGGGGAAUUGCACCUAGUCUCAGCUAUACCAUUGCGCUAAACAAAGGCGAGAGUCCCAGCCAGUGGCAGGUGGAGAAGACAAUCUCACAAGAUUCUGGGUACACAUAUAGUAUUAUAGCUGCAACAGAGAGGUACUUGCUCUUGACAAGGAUAGAAGCCUCAUAUCUAGAGAAUCGACUCCUGUCUCUAGAGAAGCCACGCUUUGAAUAUUUCUUAAUGGAUGCCGAGACGUUGCAGCUUCAGACGCUUUAUAUGAAACAACACUGUCUUGUGUAUGACGCAUACAUAUAUAUCAACUUCCCACCAUCAUUGUUGUCUUCAAGGACUGUAUGAAGUGAUUCAGGGGAGUCUUUAGCAGAUCAUCUUUCUGAGUUCAAAGCGACCGCGGCGGUUUUGAUAGCAUGGGGUUGUCGUGAAUGUGAUUGCCAUGCUGACAAGAUGAUGUGUGACGAUCUACAGAAUUGAACCUGGCUGUGAUCAUGUCUGUUGGUCUUGUUUCCAUGCUACCUCUGGAUUCAGUUAACGUCAUGUAACAUCGAUGUGCUGCUCCGUGACUAAGAAUGUGACAAAUGGAAUGAACAGUUUUAAUGAGUCCGCAACCGUGGUAAAAGGUAGCUGAAGUGUAUUUCCAUGUCAAUUUUUUUCUUAUAGGAGUAGCUAUUAGGGUUAUGACCUCGUUGAGGAUGAAUGCAAUAGACCAGGCGCAGGCAGUAGUCAUGCAUAU